GAACGAGUCUCGUAUCCGAUGGGUCCGAUUGGAUACGGUAAAUGCCAUGGGAGCCUUUAAGCUCUAAUACAGUGAGACUGUGAGAAAUUACGAGAAGACUUGGACAAGAAUUCACCUUGAAAAUGAGCAGCGACAAAGCCACCGCAGCAGCAGCGACAGCGGGUCCGAAGCUAUACAACAACAAACCUAAGAAAGCACAAUUGAAGCAAGCUCGAGCGUCAAUGGGGACGAUUUCAGCUCCGCCGUCCUCCAAUAUUCCUCCAGUCACUCCUCCUCCUCCGCCGCCUCCCAAAGAGUCGUUCGCUCGUCGGUACAGAUUCCUCUGGCCUCUCCUCAUCACUGUUAAUCUCGCUGUUGGAGCAUACAUAUUUACGAGGACCAAAAAGAAAGGAAUCAUAGAGGAGGAAGAGGAAGAAGCAGAGCCCACUAAAUCGGUAGCUGUAACAGUAGCUGCUCCAGUCAUUGAAACCCCAGUAGUUCCUGCAUCUGUGACACAGCCUGUGAAGUUACGUGAACCAAUACCUGAGGAUCAGCAGCGUGAACUUUUCAAGUGGUUAUUGGAGGAGAAGAGGAAGGUCAAGGCAAAAGAUCCUGAAGAGAAGAAACGGAUCGACGAAGAGAAAGCCCUUCUCAAACAGUUCAUUCGAACCAAAUCUAUCCCAAGUUUGUGAUUGUUUAAAAUGUGAUGGAGGGUUGUACAGCUAAAUUUGUUUCUCCUGCACCUCUUAGGAGCCUGAAGUCCAAAAUUACUUUUGAUCAAAACCACUUGAUAUACUCUCAGCUCCGAACUGUGAAGUUUACCUGAUUGGCUUUAGCUGUUCUUUUUUCGAAAUUUGACCGACUGAAUUUCUAGAUUGUAUAACUACAUAUUUUCUAGUCUUAAGUCACUCAGUAACUGUUAAUUUUCUGCCA